UUCUCUUUAAUUUUAAAUUUAAUUAUUAAUUAAAAAGAAAAAGAGCGAUCUCGAAAAUUCUAAAUCCCCUCUUUCUAAAUUUUAUUUUUAAAUUUUUAUUUCUUUUUUUUCCAAAAUCCCCAUUCACUAUGGCCUUUCACGUAGCUUGCCCAAUUACAUGCCGUCGGAUUUGCUACUGCGCGCUAGGGUUUCCGAGAGAUCUCCAGAACGCGAAAUCGAAGGCGGAGUUUCUGUUAGAAGUUUCGAGAAUCGAGGAGUUCUUGAAAGAUCCUUUUCGAAUUAGGGAUUUUGACGAUUCCUCUUCCACUGUUCAGGUUCUUGUUCCUAAGGUUUUACCGGUUCCGGCGCCGCCGCCGCCUGCUCCGUCGUUGUCGUCGUCGCUCGCUGCUGUUCCUGCCGUAGGAGAAGAUGGCGGCGGCGGCGGGGGGUUGGGAGAGGAGGCGUCGGCUCAUACUAAGCGCGUUGCGCUUCAGAAAAAGGCUGCGGCUGCUAUGGUUGCUGCUGAGGAUUAUGCCAGACGGUUUGAGUCUGGUGAUAUGGCGGUUGCCACAAAAGAUGUUGCUGGACAUGAGCAAGGUCUGUCCAAUGCGAAUGUAAUGUGCCGAAUGUGCUUUUUGGGUGAAGCAGAAGGAAGUGAGAGGGCAAGGAGGAUGCUUUCAUGCAAAAGUUGUGGCAAGAAGUAUCACAGGAGCUGUUUGAAAUCUUGGGCUCAACAUAGAGAUUUAUUUCACUGGAGUUCAUGGACAUGUCCUUCUUGCCGAAUAUGUGAGAUAUGCCGAAGAACGGGAGAUCCAAAUAAAUUCAUGUUCUGCAAAAGGUGUGAUGGUGCAUACCAUUGUUAUUGCCAGCAUCCUCCACACAAGAAUGUGAGUUCUGGACCAUACUUGUGCCCGAAACAUACAAGGUGUCAUAGUUGUGGGUCUUCUGUACCAGGAAAUGGCCUAAGUGUGAGGUGGUUUCUGGGAUACACUUGCUGUGAUGCCUGUGGAAGAUUGUUUGUGAAGGGAAAUUAUUGCCCUGUGUGUCUGAAGGUUUACAGAGAUUCAGAAUCGACACCAAUGGUUUGUUGUGAUAUUUGCCAGCGGUGGGUGCACUGUAGUUGUGAUGGCAUCAGUGAUGAAAAAUAUUUACAGUUUCAAGUGGAUGGAAAUCUGCAGUACAAAUGUGCCACAUGCCGUGGAGAGUGCUACCAGGUAAAGGAUCAUGAAGAUGCUGUUCAAGAGCUCUGGAGGAGACGAGAUGAAGCUGAUAGAGGUUUAAUUGCAAGCUUGAGGGCUGCUGCUGGGUUGCCAACUCAGGAAGAUAUUUUUUCUAUUUCACCCUACUCUGAUGACGAAGAAAAUGGUCCCAUGAUGCUCAAGAAUGAAUUUGGACGUUCUUUAAAGCUCUCUCUCAAAGGGUUAGUUGACAAGUCUCCAAAGAAGAACAAGGAAUAUGUAAAAAAACCUUCAUAUAAGAAAUUUGCUAACAGAAAAGGAUUAAAUAGGACAGAGUCACAUCAGCAUGAGAUUCAAUCUUUAGGACACAGUUCGGAUGAUAACAAAAAUGACAAUUUGGAGUCUCAUGAUAAAGGAAGACCAGGUGUAUAUUCUUCUUCUAUUGCAGGAGUUGUGAACCAUGCUGAAGGAAACUGUUCUGUUAAUCAGACUGGGGUUUUGAAACACAAAUAUGUUGACGAGGUGAUGGUGAGUGAUGGGGAACGGACAUCUAGGAUUGUUAGACUGAAGAAUAAGAAGCCUCAUGAUUUGGAUAGCGGGGAUGAUGCUGAAAAACAUGCUAUCAAAUUUAAAUCUGUGAAGGCCAAGAAGCUGGUUAUUAAUCUAGGUGCUCGAAAAAUAAAUGUAACCAAUUCUCAUAGAUCUGAUGCAUCCAGCUGCCAAAGAGAUCAAGAUAUGACAACUCCCAAUGGCAGUGAAGAUACAGGCCAACAUCUAAUGAGUGACAGGUUCGUGGGGGAUAGACAUGAAGGCAAUGCUAGAUUUGGUGAUGGAGAUACAGUUGAUCACUCUGUCCAAAUAAGAAGUUUGAAGUUUCCUCGGAGGGAAGGAAAUUUUAUCAAGUUCGGAAAAGUGAAAAAUGAAACUUCUAACUUAAAUCCCAAAUUUCAGACAGGGAGUGAUGCUGAUGGUGAAAAAAUGGUUUCGGUUUCAUCAAGUAAAAGAAGCAUUGAUGGAUGUGGGACAGCUGUUGGGCCUGUAGAUGAAGUCCCCACAUUAAGAAGUGAUAAGGUGUCUAUAGGGAAGCAACUAGAAGUCAGGUCUGAGACACAUGCUGAAAGCAAUGAUGAUUCUGGUGAUGCAUCUUUGCCAAAAGACUCCAAAAUUUCACUGAAGUUAAAGAUUAAAAAUCCUAAUCUUUUAAACCAAUAUUCUCGAAAGCCUCCACCUGAGGAAGAAAAGAGUUCCAUAAGGGGCCAAAGGUCAAAAAGAAAGAGACCGUCAAGCUUUAUGGACAAAUCACUUUUUAAUGAAAAUGAAGAUAUCACUCAAGCACACCAAGAUAGUGAGAUGCUGGAAGCUAGUUGGAUAUUGAAAAAGUUGGGUAAAGAUGCAAUUGGAAAGAGAGUUGAAGUUCACCAGCCAUCUGACAAUUCAUGGCAUAAGGGAGUGGUCUCUGACACUGUUGAAGGCACAUCGAUGAUAUCAGUCACUCUGGAUGACAGUAGAGUAAAAACCUUACAACUUGGGAAGCAAGCGGUCCGCUUUGUUCCUCAAAAGCAAAAGAGGUCACGUGAAGGUUGAAGCUGUUUCCCCGGUUGCUGAUUAUCAUCACAUCUGGAGACUUCUUCCAUAUUAGAGGUGAAGCAGCAGUCUCCAUGUACAAGGACCGAAGAUAUUAAAGUAUGUUCGGUUGUUGCUUGUAAAUUGUAACGCUGCUGUUUUUUCGAAAAGCAUUGUCUAUUGGGGCUGGUCGCUAAUUUAUAUGAAGAAAUGAUCCUGGUAAACCAGGGAUUACUUUGAAGGGAGCAUUCGUUCUUUAUUCUUCUUUCUUUUUCAUCCUUCCCAUUCUCCACAACAUGUAUUUGGAUACACAUUUGAUUUAGACAUAUAGGUGUAGUUUUUUUUUGUUUCUUUUCUUAGUAUUUGCUUGGCUGUAUUGAGGCAUCUAGGUAAAUAUGCAUGCCUUAGUGUUGAGGAUCAGUGAAUAGCAAGUGGCAUUUGCCUUGUUAAUUGUAGUUAGAAACUUACUUAAUUGAGUCAAUUGGGGCUAGGCCUCUGUUUUCCAAA